AUGUUGCCAGUGCCUGCUCUGGAUUCCCUGAAAGUGAAAGAGGCCAGUACUUUACUGGAAUUGCACUACACAUCCUGCCCUUCCCAGAACCAGCUCUGGUCAAUCAUCAGCUCUCAUUCACCCCCGGAAGCAGUGGAUAGAGCAUUGUCUCCCGAUGUGACUAGAGAAAAGGGGGACGUUAUCACAGAGCCAGGAGCCCCACUGCCUGACACAUGCACCAUGACUGAGACACAGCACUGCACACCAGAUUCCAGUCCCUUAUGGGUCCUGCUCUUGUGUGUCCAUGUCAUUACUCUCCCGGACAGAGCCACACCUGUACAUCCCAGCACCACAGUUACCACUGCCUCAGCUGGAACCACACAGGAUCUCUACUCCUCUUGGCCCCCAACACUCCCAACAGCUAAGCGGUGCCCAGCAUUGGAGGUGACGUGGCCAGAGGUGGAAGUAUCACUGAAUGGAUCCCUGACCUUGUCCUGUACUGGCUGCAGCCACUUCUUCCACUUCAGCAUUCUCUACUGGUUGGGCAAUGGCUCCUUCAUCGAGCACCUCCCUGGCCGGCUGCGGGAGGGUAGCAUCAGCUGGGAACGUAAGAACACAAGCACCUGGCUGCGUAGGACUUUGGUGCUGGAAGAGCUGAACCCUGCCCUGCGCAGCACCAAUUUCUCGUGUGUUCUCGUGGAUCCUGCACAGAUAGCCCAGCGUCACGUUGUCCUGGCCCAGCUCUGGACUGGGCUGAAAAAAGCCUUGCCUCCCACUGAAGAAGCCCUGCCCAGGCCUUAG